AUGUGCACAGCGUCUGAGUCCGAGCCCGAGCCUAAGGGCGGUGUUCAUGAGACAGAAGCGGCUGCGGGGCUGGAUAACAUCAGCUUCUGCAGCGGCUUCUGUCAGUGGAUCGACGAAGAGUUGCUCGAUUCACUGCCAGCUGACUCCCAGCAGCCUGUGGAGUCCACAAGGGCUUCAGCAGCAGAAGCAGAAGCAGUGAGUGCACUGCCUUCUGCUGAGAACAGCCCAACAGAAAUUCCUACUCGAGGCAACAGGAGGAGCAGAAUCCAUGCCUUCUUCAAGAGAGCAUGGAAAGCCGUUAUGAAGCCGUUCCUCUGUUGCAGACGGACAAGAGUGGAGUCCAAUCCCGAACCAGCGUCUGUCCCGGGCCCCUCUGGGCUCCAGAACGUGCCUGACACCGAGCUGGCAUCUGCCCCAGGUCUUCCCAAUUGGGAGCCAACUACUGAAUCUUUGUACAGUUUAUACACACUGCAGGAUUUGAUAGGAAAGGGAAGCUUCGGCAAGGUGUUCAAGGCAAUACGAAAAUCCGACAGCCAAGAGGUUGCCAUCAAAAGACUGUGCAAAUGGAACAACAGUCGUUAUCUUGAAAUUCCUGGUUGUUCCAUACCUCUGCCUAGAGAAGUGACGCUGAUGCUCAUGUUGAGGUGUCCUCCAGUAAGCCCCUACGUCAUUCAAAUGUACGAGUGGUUUGAUCGGCCCAAGAUCUUCUCUCUUAUCUUGGAGUGCCCUCAACCAUGCAUGGUCCUGCGAAAGUUCAUCAAUGAUUCGUCAGGACUGAUCGAACCGAUCGCAUGCAGCUUAAUGCGCCAGUUAGUCUUGGCGGUGCAGCACUGCAUAGACCACGGCGUUUUUCACAAUGACAUCCACGCUGACAACAUCCUGGUGAAUACAGAGACUCUGGAGCUGAAGCUGAUUGACUUCGGUGCCGCUCACCUGCUUGAGGGCGCAGGCUACGACAGCUGGAAAUAUUUAGGAGCAGCAGAGUACUGUCCGCCAGAGGCUUUGUCGGAGCCCAAAUACUACGCCGUCCCAACAAACGUCUGGGCUCUGGGCACUACGCUGUAUUUGAUGGUGAACAGGCGACUGCCCUUUUCCCACGUCCAGGAAACACUGAAAGCCUCUCCUAAUUCUUGGAAGUCCAGUGUAUCCGUCGCAUGCCGUGAUCUGAUUGGCCAGUGUCUAAACUGCAAUCCAGCGAAGCGGCCGACGUUAGAGGAGAUCUUACAGCACCAGUGGUUCAAAGGUCGGCUCUAG